AUGAUAUCGCAAUUGGUCACAGUUUCGUUGCUUUUGACCAAAGGCACACUGGGAAAUGCUUUGUCAACACCCUUCGGAAAAACUACUCGCAACAUUGCCACCCAAACGCUCCAAGGAGCAGGCCCUGCUACUGUCGAUUUGAACCAAUACAAUUUGCCAGUCGAAACAAUUGAAGAAGAGUGGUGUGCAGUCGUUGUCCAAAAGACGGCUGAAAAUGAGGAGGGUAUCUAUCUGGGAUGCAAAAGCAAUUCGGAAGUCUUUGUCGACACAUUUUUGACGACCUUUCCACGAAAAGAGGGUAUGGGGAUAGAACUACUGGAGCUUGCUGGAGGCAGAGACGAUGACCUAGGUAUUACUGUCGUAUCUGGGCUUGUACCGGGUGGGUCGGCUGAAGGCUCGGAGAUCAUGACGGGUGAUUCCAUUGCGGAAGUUUCCUUGGUUCGAAGCAAAACCAAAAUAGGUGACAAUCGUCCUAUAUCCGAGCAAAACCAAGAAUGGACUGUUAAAACAGAAUGCUUCUCCUACGACGCUACAGUAAAGGCGAUACAGUCGCUUCCCCCGAUAAUUGAAGGAUACGAAGACUACUUCACCGUCAAAGUGCGGCGGCUCCGUUCUCGACCAAAAGUCCGCGUCAAGCUUCAGUAUCCUCCUGAGCAGAACGAACCAGAUGCUAUCAUUGAGAUGAAUGCAGGAGAGAACCUGCGACAAGGCAUGUUGGUACGAGGGAUCAAACUAAACGAUCCACUAGCCAAACGGUUUGACACCAAAUCGGGAGGCAAUUGUGGGGCAGGUGGCCUAUGCAGGACGUGUCAAGUGACUGUCAUGAGCGGUGGUGAACUGCUGAAUGAUCAGCGAGUCGCUGAAAAGCAAAUGUUGGCAGAUAAUUCUAGAGCAAGACUUGCCUGCAAGGCAAUUGUUGGUUUCGGAAUGCAAGAAGGAGACAUGACAAUCCGCGUCAAUCCCAAUCAGUGGUGA